AAUACUUUUAGCGUCGGGGAUUUAUAACUCAGCACAAUCCGUCUGUUCAGGCCAAUAACACGACGGACUGCAAUAGCCGAUAUACUUAUUACAGUAUAGGACUGACUUGGAUUUAUAUAUACUUAGCCAAUUUUAAGUUAAGGAUUGGGGGCUGCCUUGGGAGACCAUAUAAUCCAAGUCAACAAACGAGUAAGAUUUUCCUGAAGGCUUGACACACGGAAUGCUCUGAGGACGUAUCUUCUAUAUUGGACAACAUGGCUACAGCCCAAGUGGUCCAAGACAAGCGGCCGGUGAAGACAGCCCUUCACCAGGCUGUGCUGGAUGAGAGACUCCGACAAGUGAGGAUCCUGGUGUCAAAACACCAUGCAAACGUGGACUCUAGGGACAUGUACGGCCGUGCACCGCUGAUGCUGGCUUGUUUACUCGAGAAUGAAAAUGACGGAUACAAAAUGGCCAAGAUUUUCGUACGCGCCGGCGCGCUUCUGAGCCUUCGCGACAACAUGGGACGGACUGCCCUGGCUUAUGCUUGUAUGAGAGGCAGGGAGAAAAUCGUCCGAGGCAUCUUACGGGAGGAUGUUUUGGACAUCAAUGAGCCGGAUAAUGACGGGAACACGCCCCUCAUGCAUGCGGCCAUGAGUGGAAAUACGACUGUUGUCGAGAUGGUGGUUAAAACGUUGCUCAAAUUCGGUUUGGGAGUGGACGCGAGGAACAACCUUGGAUACUCUGCGCUGCUCCUUGCUGCGAAAUAUGGUAACUAUAACUCGGCUUAUAUCAUUCUAACUGAUGGAGGUGCCUCGCCUACGAUACGAGACAAUGAGUUGUUCCUCAAUGCCUUUGAAUGGGCGACGAGCAGCAGUAGUCUCCAUGAUCAGUUCACAAAGCAACGGGCCCUGACCAUAUCACCAACCACAGAUGUAGAUUCCUUAACCCACAAACCGCAAAAGCAGAAGUUAGGAGACAUCUACCGGCGGACAAAAUCGCCGCAAUGCAACCACGUGAAGUCUUCAGAUCCAUUUCGUAUUCCCUGGGACACCGGCCGGUUACCGGCGAUUUACAGCGAACACCGGCAUCACCCCAGUGAGUCCGUCGAGUUGACCCAGGGUAAGAACCCACGGCAGCGCUUCUUAGAGAAGCUGCAGAACGUCCAGGGGACGGGAAAGUUCCGUCCAAUCACGACGAGUGCGGUGAGGUCACGGUCAUCUCGUGCAGCGCCAUCUUCCGCGAAACUCCUCGCGUUUUCCGCCCCACCCGUUAGAGCGAAAACAGUGAUACAUACAGUUAAAUCAGAUAUACGGACCCUGUUCAAGAUUUAUGCCUAUCAGCAUGUUGACCACAAAAGGCCAGUAACUGUAGCCGGAGGGGAAAGUUUCAUCGUACGACACGCAGCGCCAUCCGCUGGCGGUCAAGUGGUAUGCGGGAUGAAGAGACUGGCAUUUCACUCGCCAAUAUUGGAGGAGGAAAGUGUGCGUUCCAUGUCGCAUUAACACUGAGUAACACAUACAUGUAAUUGCAUUUCAAGUUUUCCUCCUGUGGUCCACCGCGUGCCUCACGGGUAUAGUGGCACUACUAACCGCUUUAUUGCAUCAAGGCAAUAAGGGAGUAAUAUUGUACAGUUUCGUGGUGAUGGGUUGAUGUGAAUUAUAAAAGAUAAACGACAAGUUUCCCUUGUUAAGUAUUUUUCACUUGUCAUUUGACCAUUAGAUAUUAUAGAUCGGCCGACAUACGUUAACAAAUCAUUAUUGUUAUAGUGAGUGUGAUUAUCAAUAUCAUAUCAAUAUGAGUUCCUUAUAAUGGUACUGUAAAAGCUGUAUAGUACACUUAAAAGGACUUGAAAACAGGCUGCGUACAAUAACCAACAAGGCUUGUAUAUGCGAUUCCAACAAAAACACGUCGACAUCUAUCCACAAAGUUAAAUGUGUGCAACCAUUAUGAGAAAAUACUAUAAAAUAUAGGAGUAUUAUGAUUUUUAACUAUGAAUUAUUACAGACCUUUAUGAUUUUUGCUAAGGUUAGUGGUGGAUUUUGUGCUAUACGAUAUUGUUACCACAAGUGGCCCAAAAAGUAAAUCUUGUGACAAAACAGGGUGCCUAAGUGUUGGCUAUAUAAAUAAUCCAACAUGGUCAUUAAAUGGCGUAACAUGAAAGAAAAUCUCGUGUACUUAGCUUAAGUUGUUGAAAAUUUGAAUAGGCCUAUCAAAUAUACAGUAGCAUAGGCCUAUCUUAAUUCUCAACAUUGUGCUUUUUAACUUAAAACGCAUUCUAUAGCACUAGUAUUAGCUUAUUUUUUGUUUGUGGAAAUACAUACAUCCGUGGGAAAGGCAUUGUUUGGCUUAGAAACAAGAAAGUCAUUUAUCUUUUGACGGUGACUGUAGGCUUUGUAAUAUUUUUUCCUGGCACUCGUGAUAUUGACCGCAGUCCCACAUGGACCAGCUGACAUCCUACGAGGAAUUAUCAAUAAACUCAAGUUGUAUCAAACAACAACUCGAUUGCUCCCACUUUAUCAAACUUGUGCAAACAUUAUGAAAGGCUUCCCAUCACAGGCAGCUGGGAUAGCGAAUAUCGAGUUUGCCAUAAGGUUACGUGUACGUUUCAUUGAUAUGGUCUGUUAACUGUGAUGCCUGGUAGCGGCAGUUGUGCACACAUUUGGAUAUUUCCAUUGAGUUUCCCUUUGU